AUGAGUAAAUUUUAUGGCGCAAGUGAUGAACAAGAAAAUAUUAAUGUUUUGAACCGAGCAAUUGAAUUAGGAUGCAAUUUCUUGGAUACUGCUGAUGUUUAUGGAGAUAAUGAAAUUAUCCUUUCAAAAUUUCUUAAAGAACGUCGUAAUGAAGUUUUUCUAUGUACGAAAUUUGGUUUUAUUCAAGAUCCAACAACGUUUAGUAUAAUAGGUACACCUGAGUAUGUUCACCAAGCUUGCGAAAAUUCCUUAAAAAGAUUGGGAAUAGAUUGCAUCGACCUUUAUUAUCAACAUCGUGUGGAUCCUAACACCCCUAUCGAAGAUACUGUCGGUGCUUUAGCAGAACUUGUUAAAAAAGGAAAAAUUAAGUAUAUUGGUCUUUCCGAAUGUUCUGUCGAAACUCUUCGACGUGCCCAUAAAGUUCAUCCUAUUGCCGCGGUUCAGUUUGAAUAUAGCCCUUGGACUCUCGAUAUUGAAACAAAUGGGAUUAUGGAAGCUUGUCGUGAAUUAGGUAUCACUAUAGUAGCAUAUAGUCCACUUGGACGCGGGUUUCUAACAGGAAGAUAUAAAUCUUUUGAUGAUUUAGAACCGGGUGACAUAAGAAGAACUCAUCCUCGAUUUCAACCAGAAAAUUUUGCUAAAAACCUAGAACUCGUACAUAAAAUUAAUGAAUGUGCUAAUAAGAAAGGUAUUACUCCAAGUCAACUUUGUCUUUCUUGGGUUCUAGCACAGGGAGAUGGUAUUGUUGUUAUCCCUGGUACAAAGAAAGUUAAAUAUUUAGAAGAAAAUCUUGAAGCAGCAAAAAUUCAACUUACUUCUGAAGAAUUAUCUGAAAUUAGAAAAAUUAUUAGUUCUGUUGAAAUUAUCGGUACUAGAUAUACAGCUGUAUCUAUGCAGACGUUGGAUAAAUAG